AUGGGCUAUUAGAUUUUUGGUUAUAUUUUGAUUGCAAGCCGGUAAUCAUGAGUGCUGGAGUGGAGAACGAUGUGCAAUUAUUAAUGAAACUUGGCUUGAGUGAACAGAAGGCUAAAGAGACACUCAAAAAUUCUCAGGUCACUAAACAUUUAAAAUUUGCAAUCACUGAGGCUGGUAAACACAGUAGCAUUAAUGCAGAUAUUGGAACCUUACUUUACCAUCUUGCUUCUAAGAUUAAGGUACAAAUUGCUGACAAGAUACCACUUGUAGCUGGGUACAUAGCACAGCAGAAAUUGGAUACGACACAAAGGGUGGAUGCUGCCCUGGUAUAUCUUUUAAAUAAUAUCAAGGGACCUAUAAAUACUGUAGAAUUUGAGAAAGCAUGUGGUGUAGGAGUUGUGAUAACUCCGGAAGAGAUCGAGCAAGAAGUUGAAAAGCUAAUAAAGAAAAAUAAAGAUGAAAUCAUUGAAAAACGGUACCGUUUUAACUCUGGACCACUGAUGCAAGAAGUUCGUAAUGUCUUGAAAUGGGCUGAUGGAAAGGCAGUGAAGAAUGAAGUAGAUGUACAAUUGUUAGAUCUAUUGGGUCCAAAAACUGAUACAGAUUUAGCACCAUUGGCUAAACAACCCAAGCAACCCAAGGCCAAGGCAACUGAAAAGAAAGAAAAUAAGAAGGAUGAUGUGGAUGAUAAUAAAGGAGCUCAAACAAUAAGUGAAUUAAUGAAGACAAAAGUGCACUUUCAUAAACCUGGGGAAAAUUAUAAGACCGAGGGAUAUGUUGUCACUCCAAAUACUCAUCGCCUUCUUCAAGAGCAUCUUAAAAUUACGGGUGGACAAGUUAGGACUAGAUUUCCACCUGAACCUAAUGGAAUUCUUCACAUUGGUCAUGCCAAAGCUAUUAAUAUUAAUUUUGGAUAUGCAGCAGCUCAUAAUGGUAUCUGCUUCUUGCGUUACGAUGAUACAAAUCCAGAAAAGGAGGAAGAGAAGUUUUUUACUGGAAUUCGAGAGAUGGUCGAGUGGCUUGGUUAUAAACCAGCAAAAAUAACUCAUUCUUCUGAUUAUUUUCAACAAUUAUACGAAUGGGCAAUUGCUUUAAUAGAAAAGGGUUUAGCCUAUGUAUGCCAUCAGACGAGCGAUGAAAUGAAAGGCUUUAAUCCUCCUCCGAGUCCAUGGAGAGAAAGACCUAUAGCUGAAAGUCUACAACUGUUUCAGGAUAUGAAAAAUGGUAAAUUAGAGGAAGGUGAGGCAACAUUACGCAUGAAACUCACCCUAGAAGAGGGUAAGCAGGAUCCUGUUGCAUACAGAAUAAAAUAUGUACCACAUCACAGAACCGGGGACCAGUGGUGCAUAUAUCCUACAUAUGAUUUCACGCACUGUCUCUGUGACAGUAUUGAACACAUUACCCAUUCUCUUUGUACUAAGGAAUUCCAAUCCAGAAGAUCCUCCUACUACUGGUUAUGUAACGCCCUGGAUAUCUAUUGUCCAGUGCAGUGGGAAUAUGGUAGAUUAAAUGUCAGCUAUACAGUUGUUUCUAAAAGAAAAAUCGCUAAACUGAUAGAUGAAGGUAUCGUCGCCGAUUGGGAUGAUCCUAGAUUGUUCACUCUAACAGCUUUACGUAGACGUGGUUUCCCACCCGAAGCCAUUAAUAAUUUUUGUGCCCAAAUGGGAGUAACUGGUGCUCAGGCAGUUGUCGAUCCAGCUUCUUUAGAAGCUGGCGUGAGAGACGUUCUUAACAUUACUGCACCUCGAGUUAUGGCAGUUCUUGAUCCAAUUAAAGUAACUAUUAGCAACUAUCGAAAAGAUAAACCGAUGGUUCUCACGGUACCCGAUUUCCCAAAUGAGCCAGAGAAGGGAGAGCAUCAAAUUAUUUUUGAUGAAGUCAUUUAUAUCGAAGCCUCUGACUUCAGAGAAAACGAUGAGAAGAGCUUCCGGAGGCUUACUCCAAACCAGUCAGUAGGUCUUAGGUAUGCCGGAGUGGUUAUUACCCUUCAGUGCGUAGAAAAAGAUGCUCAUGGAAAUAUUACAAAUUUAGUUGUAAAACAGGAACCGGUAUCCGAUAAAAAUAAGCCUAAGGCAUUUAUACACUGGGUCUCUAAACCCACGUUAGUUUCCGUGAGACUCUACGAAAAGCUUUUUAAACACAAAAAUCCUGAAGACCCUAAUGAAGUUCCUAAUGGGUUUCUCAGCGACAUUAAUUCUGCCAGUAAAAAAGAAGUCGUUGGUUACGUGGAUGCAAGUUUAGUAAAUGUGGCAAAGCCUCUAGCCAAAUUCCAGUUUGAGAGAAUUGGAUUUUUUUCAGUCGACUUUGACAAUAAACCAGACAGGCUGGUGUUCAAUAGAACUGUAACACUGAAGGAAGAUGCUGGCAAGCUGUGAAAAUGCGAAAUUAAAGACAAUAAAGUAUUUAAGAUUUGUAAGUGUUACAAGAGCGUGAUUGUUUGAUGAAUGCAAGUAAGUUUAACAAAUAUAUAAUUUUUGUUUGCUAUCAAAUUUCCACCAGACCCUACAUUACAUAUGUAAGAGUGUAAAGAGGUGCUUAUAAAAUUCUACCACUCUCGAAUUCUAAUCGAAGUUGGAACUGUUUUUCAAUUCAUUAUGCAAGACUCGUAAGUAGGAACCAUAUAUUUUAUAUUAAUGAAAGCAUCUUCACCACCGUAUCGUUCUAAAACUUCUAAAGUCUCUUGUAUCAGGUCCGCAACAUUUUCUCCCUUCUGCUGCGAGUAAUCUAUACCCUCUCCAAGAUUCACUGAAAUUAAAAAAAGCAUAACGGUGUGAUGACAUAGACUAAAACAGUACAGAAAUUAAUUAAAGUACCAUUUCUAUCCUUCAGUAAAUUCAGAACUGGUAGAAUUUGUCUGAAAUAAGGAACUAGAGCUUCGCCAACACAGUCAGCUGAACGCACAAGUCUUUGCAAAGCUCUCAUUGUGGUACAAAUGAUUUCAGGUACCUUUGUAUUUAGAGCACCUAUUUAAUAUAAUCAAUAAAAUCUUGUUAGUUUAAUAUCUUUUCUCAUAAUAAAGCCAAAUUUAAACUUUA